ACACUGUUUUUUAAAAACCUACUCAUUUCCGACUCGACUGAAGGAGGUGAGCUGUUAUUGAUAAGUUACCCUCAAAAUGACGUCUCUCAUGUUACCUGAGGGCUUCAGUGAUUUUGACAUGUUUGUGUUUGGCUCGGUGCUGCUGGUCGGUGGUCUGCUUGGUUUCUUCUUGAACUUCAUAUCCACACUGGCGUUCCUGAAUGUAAAACAGCUCAGGACUCCCAGUAAUUUCUUUGUCUUCAGUCUGGCGCUUGCUGAUCUCGGACUGAGCUGUAACGGUCUGACAUCAGCGUACGCCAGCUACCUCAGGUACUGGCCAUUUGGUCCCGAGGGUUGCCAGAUCCAUGGUUUUCAGGGAAUGGUGUCCAUCUUGGCUGGAAUUAGUUUUCUUGGUGCUGUAGCGUGGGACCGAUAUCACAUGUACUGCACCAAGCAGAAGAUGUUCUGGAGCACGUCUCUGACCAUGACCUCCAUCAUGUGGGGUUUGGCGGUGCUGUGGGCUGCUUUGCCGCUACCCUUCAUAGGAUGGGGCGUGUUCGACUUUGAGCCCAUGCAUGUAGGCUGCACUGUCGACUACACCCGAGGAGACAGAGGCUACAUCACCUACACACUCUCCCUCAUCAUGCUGUACCUGGCCUUACCUCUUCUCAUCAUAUACUCCUCCUACUCCUCCAUCUACACUUACUUCAAAAAGAUCCACAACUUCAAAUUUAAUACAGGUUUGCCUGUAAAGAUGCUGCUUUUCUGCUGGGGUCCAUACGUGAUCAUGUGUUUGUACGCCUGCUUCGAAGACACCAAGGGCGUGUCACCUAAACUCAGAAUGGUCCUCCCUGUUCUCGCUAAACUGUCUCCAAUCUUCAACGCUUUGCUGUACGCGUACGGUAACGAGUUUUACAGAGGGGGAAUCUGGGAGUUCCUGACUGGACAGAGACAGCAGGAGAAGAAGAAGUAAAAGUUCACUUGUGUGUUUGGGUUCUCAGUCAGGAGGAGAGUGGAAUCAUCAGGCUACGUUUAGAAAAAUUAACAUAAAUAUUAGGGGAAAAAAUACAGAGAUGCGUGAAAUUCCUUCUGUUUUACUCCCGUUUUACUGUCUGUUGCUUUAAACGCAUAUGAGAUACUGCCCCCCUCUAAGUCCC